AUGACAGGGUACAUGUACAUGUACAUGUACAGACCAACUGAGGUAUACAAUGUAAUGGGCCAUUCCUGAGUUCCAAAACACCUUACUCUCAGAAUGAGGCCAAAUUAACAAAGCUUUUCUCGUGAGAAUGAAGGUUAUUUACAUUAGGAGAAAAUAAGAUUUCCGAUUAAAGGUUUCGAACUAUAAUAGCUUCGUUUGAAAACAAUGUUGGAGAGGGGAGAAUGGAGACCAAAUAAUAACUCCUCAUUUUGAGUUAAAUAUCCUCACCGCACAUCGAGGAAAACAUCUACAUAUGCAUGUUUUUAACCACAAAGUACAAGUUUAAUUUUGAAAAUGAAGUCUCAUCAGUUUUAAUUUAUGUAAAAUAAAUAUGUCGUGUAGCUGACUUAAAAAAAAAUUGCAUAGGGUUCUGCUAAAUUCAGGGAACAAAAAAUUUAUCCUCUUUGGCAAGAUUCUAAUCAGUUAGCAGGUGUCAUCGAUAAGUUUUCGAAAUCUUUGCUGAUGUAUUUAACAAACAAUAUAUCUUUUGGUCUUUUGGGAUUAAAUGCGACAUACUGCAAUUUCUUUGUAUCGGGCACACUCACUUAACUCUUAUUUUUGCCGAGAAUUACGCCGUUAUUUGAAUAUCCAAAGUUUUGCCCACUUCAUUUUCAAGUUUUGGCGACUGUUCAUGAUUUCUCUGCCAGAAUAACGGAUACUUCAUUUAUUUCUUGGUUAGAGUCGUUGUUCGUCAAGUCCUUGCCCUGAUAACACCACAUGUGUUUCCUUCACGGAGACAACUUUCCAGUGUCUGUGUCCACCAGGAUUUACCGGGAACAGCUGUGAAACGGGUAUGUUAAUAAGCAAACCAAACAAUUUAGUGUCAUCUCAUGAAUUAAGACGUGAUUUUUUUUUGGUUUUGCAUUGAUUGUAUGAGCUGAUUGAGAGGAUAGAGCGAGAAUUUAUGACCAAUCAACGAGGUAAAGAAAAUUCAAGCAACUCAGAAUCACUUUCCAUGCUUGACCUAACUGACCUCCCUGAGCUGAUUUUCCCCGUCACUCAUUUGAAAGUCGCUCGUUGCUACAGACAUAGACGAGUGUGAAACCAACCAGUUCAACUGUCCGGUGAACGAGGAGUGCGUUAACACCGCGGGCUCGUAUGUGUGCAAUUGUGUCAGCGGUGUAUUCGAUGGCGUAGGAGUCUGCCAGCUUAUGACAGGUAAGCUAAUGGGAAACGUUCGCGAGAAAGUAUGAUGCCUUAAGCAACGCGAGCCGGCGGGAGGUCUGUAAGGGACUUCAUUUUAAACGCAAUAGAAGCUACAACCUGAGCUACUUUGAGAACAAACUUAAUGUUCGAAUACCACCAACAAAUUCAUUCAAAAAUAGUUUAGUUGUAGUGGCGCCACAUUGUGGAAUAGCCUCCCUUGCGAGGCUGGAUGCGCGGAAUCACUCGAGUCGUUCAAACGAGAAAUCAAUAAAGCUCUCUAAUGCUCGGUGAUAUAGUGUAAUUAGUAUAAUUAAUAGUUAACAGCUUUUAAUCCUUUGUAAAUAGCUGGUGAAUUGCCCGUGAUUACAUAAAUUUUAAUGACAAUAAUAACACUGAUAAUGUCAGACCUCCGGGCUAACCUCAUCCCGACUCGUCUCAAAUCUUCCCAUGGGCGGGGAAAAGCGUGUCCUAUAUCGCUAAUAACGAGGCCUGGUAUCUAACUUUUUUUUUUCUCUCUCUCUCUUUGAAAGGAACAGAUUGCAAGGAGAUCAAGACCACAUUCCCGAGUGCUCCAGAUGGGAUGUACGAAAUACAACCGAACAUCGGGAACAGCAAAUUCUGGGCGUAUUGUGAUAUGACGUCAUUUGGAGGAGGAUGGACGAUGUGUUACUCUACUGACGAUCUUGCUGACCCUAAAACAGAAGUGACCUAUGACGAGAAUUAUCCCUAUGGUACAGAUGGUUACCGAACUGACUGCAAUGAAGUUCAGGUGAUUAAGAGAGGUUAAGAUGUCGUGCGAUGUUAAAUUUUGCAAGAGUUUUACUUUGAGGAUUAACGAUGUUUUGCAAAUCCUGGCUUAUGUGUUGUCAUAUUUCAGGCGCCAUAAUGAGUAAUCAGCCUGAUAAAUAGUUUACAAACACUCACUUGACUUAAUGUUAUUCUUAAGAGGUUCUAAAUCUUUUUUUUUUUUUUCUAGAAAUAUUUCGUCUUUUCAAUUUUAUUAUUUUAUUACAGUUUUAAUUUAUUUAUGCUAAACUUAGGGUUUGGACCUACUCUGUACUUACACUCUAUACUUAUUGAUGAGUCUAAUGAGGACUCAUAGUGAUCCCCGCUGAAAUGCCAAAUUUACUCCAGGAAUGUCAGUAACUUCUGUACUGUGCUUCAUAUUGUCUAUCACUCAUAAUUUGAACACGAGUCACUGUUUCCAAAAUUUGAUGACCACAUUUUCAAAAUAAGAACCUGUUCUUUUUUGGAAUGCUGAACUAUUUCUUGUUUGAAUGGUGCCUUUUUCAUCAAAUUUCAGUCUGAAGAUUCUUAAUCUACUUGUUCUUGUUCUCUUAACCAACACAGCCACUGUUUUUUGUUUUUUUUCUUUUGUUGGUUUUUUGCUUGCAAUUUCGUGAAAUUCUCUUUGUGGACGAGACUACGAAUGAAAAGGCUUUCUUUACCUAUAAACUUAGUUCCAGCCUUGUCGCAAAGGGAAAUUACCAGACACAAAUCUCCGGCCUGUGGCUCGGUGGAGGUGUAGCUACCACAAGUCAUGAGUACCAGCUUCUUAUUUGUGACCACAGCUUCUACUCUGGCUUUUUCAUAUCCGGUUAUACAAACUAUUAUAAGAGGUGCAAUCAUUGGUGUGGUGAUCUGCUCACUCCUUACUUCCGAUCAGCGUCCACUAGUCCAAAUUAUGCCGGAGUCGCCUUUAACGUCAACGGACAUCGGCCGCGAAGCAUCAGACUGAUGAGUGUUGGACUGAGAUAAAUUAUGGCUGAAAGAGUUUUUGUGGCGUACAAUAUGGUGAUUUACCUUCAGUAAGUGAGUCAGUCAGUUAGACAGUCAACCAUUCACUCAGUCAAGAAGUCAGUCAGUUGCUCGUUGGUGAGUCAGUCAAUCUGUCGGUCAGUUGGCUGAUUAUAGCCGAAUGUUUUCAUCUGCUACUUUAGAAAUAUUCGUUCGUGGCAGCUUUCAAACGUAAGAUAAGAUAACAAUAAGAUUUAGAACGUGUCGGUGUUAAAAACUCUCAGCCCACAUGUUUUUCUGCCUUUUAUAGCCUUCUUCUGGUUAUCACUCUAAAAAAAGAUAUCAUAAUACGUAUAUGUUAACGUCUGAUUUGCAAGCCUCGCUUUCAGAUUGUAGAUUGUUGAGUUUAAAUCGAAAAGUAUUCCCAUAACGCCGAAAGGAUAUACUCAUGAAAACUACACGAAAGUGGCAAAGAUUUAUGUAUAUGUUCGUGCGAACUAUACUUUAGAUAAAUUUUUUGGUAAAUGACUUCUAUUUGUCUACAAGCUGUUAAUGUUAAUGAUGAUAGAAAGUUACCCAUCGAGCUUUGCGCUCCUCCGCUUCUUCACGGCGAGCGUCACUCAAGACGGCUGGGAACGGACCAGGUGCGAUCUUGAAUAGAGAAAAAGACUAUAAUGAUAAAAAAAUUAAAACAAAAACUAAAACUGAAGAUCCAGGAUAAAAAGUAUUUUUGCUGCUGUGCAAAUGAAGCUGCUUUUACAGUCAGAAAAAUAGCUCAGUUGAGUUGUCCGGCCAAUAAAAUAAAAUAUUGAAGAAGUAAAGAAAUAAUCCACGUAGGCGAGCUGCUAUUAAAAAGAAUUAAGUAAAAAAUUAUGUUUCGAAGGGAUUCGCACCAGUGCCUUUUAGAUGUUAGUAAUACCAAUUCACCUGUAUAGCUUCAUUUUGGGAGCGUAAAUUUUUUCAAGCCUCUUUAGCCUUUUUUUCUUUUGAUGAAGCACGCCUCUGUUUAUUAUUUCGUUUCUUGUGUAUCACUGAAGAUCAACGUAUUAUUGGCGACGAAAUUCUUAUACUAUACUUCACAUACGUACAGUAAUGUCCAUAAUAAUUCCCCAUACAUGACGUACUUACGAUUAUUUGGCGACCAAACCGCUAACAAAGAGCCAAAAUGACCCAUGGCUCGAGAUUGACGUCAGCUUGAUUUUGUAAUUAAGUUAAGACUUAUUCAUUCAGCAGGGUUGAAGAUUUUAAAUAAAGAAGUUGUGCCGUCUUUGUUUGUUUGUUUUUUUCCAUAUGAUUGUUUCAGGGAAAGUCUAAACAUAUAACAAAGCAGCUAAGGUAUUGUCCUUCGGGAAACUAGUUAGUUUUGUUUUCCUUUGGGUCCUGCUGUUUCCCUCGACUUUGUCUCGGGAAACAUCACGACUCUCGAGAAAACAAAACUGUUUCCCUCGGAGCCAUACAUUAAGUGUAUAUUGUUUUCCUUUCUAUUCAUUAAGUUCGCGUUUUUGCGUGAGGUUAUGUAAGGUUGACGUAACACCGGUAGCCAGUAUAAGCUAAAUUUUUCAUUCCCAUUCCCUCAGUCGUUUCGUUGGUUUUUGCUAACGCCGUGGUACUUUUUUCGGAGAGAUUUUCCUAUCGGACAUAGUUACGCCACGAAUUGUAAGUUCAUAUAUUUUGCAUGUAGCUUUGUUUUUACUCUUGUUGUUAUUCAUGACGUUAUCAUAUUUGUACUUAGAUAUUUGUAUUAAUUAUUUAUUUUCAGUCGAAUCAAGUUUACACGUUUAUACAUUUAUACAUCGUCCAUCUUUAUAUUUCUCUAGUGUUUAGCUAUAACGAUAGUUUCCAUAGUAACGUCAUAUCAAGACAUAAGAUUGCCUCGCUUUGGAGUGUUUAGCUGGCCUCGCAUUGGAUCGUUUAGCUGUCAGGUUUUCCCAACUCUUCUUUCAAUCUAAAUUGGAAACUUGACAGCAAAGUACCAUCUCAACAUCAUGUCUCUCGCCUUCGCUUUAUUACAUCACAUCAUGUUCGCAGUGCAUUUCGUGGUUGUCGGAGGUAGCGGUAAGUCUCUCAAAUUAAUCAAUUAAAGUUAGAGAGCAUAAUAUGAAAAAGGAAAAAAGGAAACGUUCAUACUUUACCUUGUCACCAAGGUUGAAACCUUAGAAAGUUCUUUCCCCUCAAAGCAUCAUUUUCUCGUUCGCAGUUCUGCUUACGUUUUAGUUAUCCAUCUCGAGGGUAGCGAUAAGCAGUCUUGAGUAAUGGUAGAAACGGAAAGUUGUUCUCUCGAUGAGAGUUUAGUCAGGUGUUUCAGCUCGAUCUCCUGCUAACUAUAAUUUGCACGAAGAUUUAAGCACUGAAAAUAAAACAUAAGUAAAAAUAUUUCGAAAGACUAUCGACAACAUUUUAUCACUUGUAGGUACUUCAGCUGAUAGAAGGAUUUUCCGUUGUUUUAGCAAGGACUUGGAAACAUGUUUGAAGAUAAAGACACUUUAUAUAUCGAGGACUGAUAAUUUACUUUUCAUUACUAAUUCAUGGUAAAUGCUGUCGAAUUAUUAGUUGUGUUUGCGACCAAGAGACCGGAAUAGGUACAGCUCGCACUACGAGCCUGAGCUAUUAAUUUUCACGUAAUGACUUUCCAUGUUGAAAUGUUAUGGCUAACACUAAGUACUAACAAAAAGAAAAGAAAAGCGCUAGCGUAAAUGUGUUUCUUUCAGUCCUGAGAGUUCCCCCAAAAUUGUUGUUUUUAGAAAAAUGCGCUUGCAUCUUCUCUUUUUCAUGCAUUUGAUUUUAUAAGUAAUUUAUUCUUGAUAAAGUGUUGUUCAACUUUAAACAAAUGAUUUUGAAAAGUUGUCGCAAAGAUGGUGGGAAAAAUUAAGCUUAGCUCAGUGACUUGACUUUAAUAUACAGUAGUAGACGACAACGUUUCCUCGCUCAUAUUGAUAUAACCAUUUACUCUUACCUGAUAAACUAAUAAUUUCAGACACAACCGUUUAUAAAAAGCCGCCACCGAUGUUCUACUGCCGCCAUUACGAACCCUUACCGCAGUCUGUUUAACCUACAACCAGGCAUUCAUAUUUGAGUUUCGCCUUACGGCCCUCUCUUGGCACACCAUCGGCAGGCACCUGUGGAAAAUAUUAUUGAAAACCCCCGCAAACCAUAUUUGAAAAAAAAUAUUUCAUUACUUCUUGUUUUAUUUCAAGAUGUCUGCCGACACGUGCAUUUCUUACAAGGCAUUCCUGAUAAAGCCCUUAUUGGUCACGUGAUCAAAACGAUACCAGUGGAGACAGAUGACCAUUGUGAGAUUGCUUGUUACCGCGACCUCAUGUGUCUCUCCUAUAACAUAGCACCCAAACAGGCUCAUGGACAUCAAUGUGAGCUCAGCAAAUCAGAUCACAUCCGAGACCCUGCUGAUUUAGUUCCUAUGGCAGGGUACAUGUACAGACCAACUGAGGUAUACAAUGUAAUGGGCCAUUUCUGAGUUCCAAGACACCUUACCCUCAGAAUGAUACUAAAUUAGCAAAGCUUUUGUCGUGAGAAUGAAGUUUAUUUACAUUAGGAGAAAAUAUGAUUUCCGCUUAAAUGUUUCGAACGAUAAUAGCCUCGUUUCAAAACAAUGUUGGAGAGUAGGAGAAUGGAGACUGAUGUUGACUGAAAAUCUAACUUUACAACUUCAAUUUUGAAAAUGAAGUCUCAUCAGUUUUAAUUUAUGUAAAAUAAAUAUGCCGUGUAGCUACCUUAAAAAAACGAAAUUGCAUAGGGUUUUUACUAAAUUCAGGGAACAAAUUUAUCCCCUUUGGCAAGAUUCUAGUCAGUUAGCAGGUGUCAUCGAUAAGUUUUCGAAAUCUUUGCUGAUGUAUUUAACAAACAAUAUAUCUUUUUGGUCUUUUGGGAUUAAAUGCGACAUACUGUAAUUUCUUUGUAUCGGGAACACUCAGUUAACACUUAUUUUUUCCCGGAAUUACGCCGUUAUUUGAAUCUCCAAAGUUUUUGGCGACUGUUCAUGAUUUCUCUGCCAGAAUAACGGGACCAAUAUUUCAUUUAUUUCUUGGUUAGAGUCGUUGUUCGUCAAGUCCUUGCCCUGAUAACGCCACAUGUGUUUCCCUCACGGAGACAACUUUCCAGUGUCUGUGUCCACCAGGAUUUACCGGGAACAGCUGUGAAACGGGUAUGCUAAGCAAACCAAGCAAUUUAAUGUCACCUCGUGAAUUAAGACGCGAUUGUUUUUAGUUUUGCAUUUCAUUGCAUGAAUUGAUUGAGAGGAUAGAGCAAGAAUUCAUGACCAAUCAACGAGGUAAAGAAAAUUCAAAGCAACUCAGGAUCACUUUCGAUGGUUGACCUAACUGACCUCCCUGAGCUGAUUGUCCCCGUCACUCAUUUGAAAGUUGCUCUUUGCUGCAGACAUAGACGAGUGUGAAACUAACCAGUUCAACUGCCCGGUGAACGGGGAGUGCGUUAACACUGCGGGCUCAUAUGUAUGCAGUUGUGUCAGCGGUAUGAUCGAUGGCGGAGGAGUCUGCCAGCUUAUGACAGGUAAGCUAGUGGGAAACGUCGGCGAGAUAGUAUGAUGCCUUAAGCAACGCGAGCCGGCGGGAGGUCUGUAAGGGACUUCAUUUUUAACGUAAUACAAGCUACAACCUGAGGGACUCCGAGAACAAACUUGCCACUUACGAAUUCAUUUUAAAAUAUUUUUGGUUAUAAAGGCCCCGCGUCGUGGAAUAGCCAUCCUUGCGAGGCUGGGUGCGCAGAAUUAAUCCCUCGAGUCGUUCAAACGAGAAAUCAAUAAAGCUCUCUAAUGCUCGGUGAUAUAGUGUAAUUAGUACAAUUAAUAGUUAACAGCUUUUAAUCCUUUGUAAAUAGCUGGUGAAUUGCCCGUGAUUACAUAAAUUUUAAUGACAAUAAUAACACUGAUAAUGUCAGACUUCCGGCUAACCUCAUCUCGACUCGUUUCAAAUCUUCCCCUGGGCGGAGAAAAGCGUGUCCUAUAUCGCUAAUAACGAGGCCUGGUAUCUAACUUUUUUUUUUCUCUCUCUCUCUUUGAAAGGAACAGAUUGCAAGGAGAUCAAGACCACAUUCCCGAGUGCUCCAGAUGGGAUGUACGAAAUACAACCGAACAUCGGGAACAGCAAAUUCUGGGCGUAUUGUGAUAUGACGUCAUUUGGAGGAGGAUGGACGAUGUGUUACUCUACUGACGAUCUUGCUGACCCUAAAACAGAAGUGACCUAUGACGAGAAUUAUCCCUAUGGCACAAAUGGUUACCGAACUGACUGCAAUGAAGUUCAGGUGAUUAAGAGAGGUUGAGGUGCAAGAGUUAAUUUUGAGGAAUAAUGAUGUUUGGCAAAUCCCAGCUUAUGUGUUUGUCAUAUUUCAGGCGCCAUAAUGAGUAAUCAGCCUGAUAAAUAGCUUAUAAACACUCUCUUGCCCUCAUGUUAUGCUUACGAGGUUCGUAAUCGUUAUUUUUUUUUUCUGGAAAUAUUUUAUAUUUUCACUGGGAGUUUUAUCUUUUAUAUUCAAUAUUUAUGUUUUUAACCAACUCUGUACCAUACUGUAGAUGAGGACUGACAGUGAUCUCCGCUGGAAUGCCAAAUUUACUACAAGAAUUUCAGUUCUGUACUGUGCUUCAUUUGGUCUGGCACUCAUAAUUUGAACAUGAGUCACUGUUUCCUAAAUUUGAUGACCACAUUUUCAAAAUAAGAACCUGUUCUUUUUUGGAAUGCUGAACUAUUUCUUAUCACCGGAAUGGUGCUUUUUUCAUCAAGUUUUAGUCUGAAGAUUCUUAAUCUAAUUGUUCUUGUUCUCUUAACCUAGUCAUGUUAUUCAACACGACAGUCUUUUUCACUGUUUUGUUUUUUUUUUUUUUUUGCUUGCAGUUUCGGGAAAUUCUCUUUGUGGAUGAGACCACGAAUGAAAAGGCUUUCUUUACCUAUAAACUUAAUUCCAGCCUCGUCGCAAAGGGAAAUUACCAGAAACAAAUCUCCGGCCUGUGGCUAGGUGGAGGUGUAGCUACCACAAGUCAUGAAUACCAGCUUCUUAUCUGCAACCACAGCUUCUACUCUGGCUUUUUCAUAUCUGGCUAUACAAACUGCUAUAAAGGGUGCAUUCAUUGGUGUGGUGAUUGGCUCACUCCUUACUUCCGGUCAGCGUCCACUAAUCCAAAGUAUGCCGGAGUCGCCUUUAACGUCAAUGGACAUCGGUCGCGAAGCAGCAGACUGAUGAGUGUUGGACUGAGAUAA